AUGAAUCAUGAUUUAGCUGAUGAUUUUGGCUACAUUGACACUGUUGUGGAACUGUGGAAAGAACUGACUGAAAGAUUUGGCCAAUCCAAUGGACCAUUAAUCUACCAGUUGGAAAAGGAAAUUGAGAAUUUAACUCAACAAAACAUGACUAUUGUGACUUGUUAUGGAAAGCUGAAGAAACUUUGGGAUGAAAUGCAGAAUUUGAGAGCAUUUCCUACUUGUUCUUGUGGUGCUAUGUUACAAUGCAGCUGUAAUUUCAUGAAGAAGGUAGCUGAAUUUGAAGAAGAAGACAAGAUGAUGAAAUUUCUGCUUGGUUUGAAUGGUGGUUUUGAGAACUCUGUGACAAAUGUUCUGUCAAUGGAUCCUUUACCAAGUAUAAAUAGAGUAUUUUCUAUUACUCAACAGAUUGAGAAACAAAAGGAAGUGAGUCAUGCUGCAGUGGAAUGCAAUGCUAUGAACAGCAGUGCAAUGGCUACACAUGCUUACAGAGGUGUUGGUUUUACACAGGGAAAGAAAGAUUGGAGAUAUCUGAAGAAAGAAAAACUGAACAAACAAUGUACUCAUUGCAAGGGGAAGGGUCAUACUAUUGAUCAAUGUUUCAAGAUCAUUGGUUAUCCUGAUUGGUAUAACACAAUCAAAGCCUCAAAGGGAAGCAAUUCACAAGGUAGCAUGAUUGCUGCUAAUGCUCACACUACUAUUGAUUUUGUAGAUUGUCCUCUAGAUGAUGCUGGUGCUGAAAAUGGAACAGUUAGCAAUGAAAUGUUGAAUGCAAUUUGUCAAGAGGUUAUGAAGGCAAUGAAAGGCAAGCAGUCACAGAAUAAUACUGGAAAUGGGGCCACUUGUUCCUUUGCAAAUUAUGCAGGUAUAAUCUCUCAUUCUCUCAACUGUUCUGUGAAUAAAAUGCAUGAUGGUUGCUUGUGGAUUGUGGAUUCUGGUGCUUGUGAUCACAUGACUUACAAUGAGAACAUGUUAACAAAUAUAAGAACUCUUAAUGUAGGGGAAUACAGUUAA